AUGGCUUCGACGGGGAAGCGAUCCAGCUACGACCCAACCGUAGCCGCGCCGGACGGCGAGGAGCGUCCGCGCAGUUUCUACGAUAACCUGACAGCUGCGGGUUCGUCAUCCACCGGACCCGCCAAAAUUAUCCAGAUACCGGACAUUCAGUUCAAGUUCGAUGACGACAUUCCGAUCACAGCGGAUCCCAGACGAUCGACGCUGAUGAGUAACGCCAGGUCGGACUUCUUCGGGCUUUCCCGACCGUGCCAGUCAGCGCGAGCUGACGAGUCAGCAAUCAGCAAAUCACACAUGCAAAAUGACGAAUCACAACAUUUGCUGGACGAUCGCAGGACACCCCCGACGAUCGCACCCGGCACCAGCAGUUCGUCUUCACCGGACUCCACAGCCAGCACGGCACCAGCUCGUUCCUGUUCCCCGGGACCGGGGCCGGUCGAUGAUCCCGCAGAAUCGGGGAGCAAAUCGCGUCCUCUAUCAUCGAAUCGCAACAUCACAAUUCGACUGCCGGAGACCGGCACACCAUCAGAGGCAGUGUACAUGACCACGACGGUGCCGCAGAACUUUUCGAAGAACACCAACAACCUGAUCGGACGGCACAAACCGACCCGCAGCAGCUUGCGGCACAGCCGCAUGCUGGUGGUCAACAAGGCCUUUCACCAGCGUUACCCCCGGGGGAACGCUCUGAAUCUGAAACACAUCCGACUGAGCCGAACGCUGAUGGUACUGAAGGUGCUGAUCGGUACGAUACUUACGCUGAUGGGCAUGGCCAUCAUGGUGUGGUCGCCCAGCACUCACACCAAGGACAACCCCUACUGGGCCGGGUUGAUUCUAAUCCUGUGCGGUUCCAUGUUCCUCAUCCUGUUCGACUUCAAGCGCCGACCGGCGAGUCGAGUGCGCGAAAAUUGCUUCAACUUUAUCCGGAUCAACGCCCUGGUACUGCUGCUGUUGACCGUUUUCUUUACGAUGCUAGCGUUUAUCUAUGCGCUGCUGCAUACGGUCAACCUCAGCUCCAGUGGGCUCCGCUGUGAACCCGAGUACAGCUUCAAUGUCAAUUCGUCCAGCUGUGUGUGCUGGAUCGAUGUGCGUCGGCCGCUUCCGGCGGAGGCAGCUGCCGAGCUGCGAAGCAGCGACGAGUUGGAGGAUGCGAACAGUACGGUGGUCACUACGAUCGUUGAUCGUCUAAGGACGAUCGAACAGUUGGAGCAGGAUGGUGCCAUCCGGCUGGAAUAUCGUGAUUUCAACUGUAGUGAGGUGCUCGGAAUUUGGUACUACGUAACGCUGGGUUCUGCGCUGCUGAACAGCUUAGGUUGCCUGCUGGCAGCAGGCUUCCUCGUCAUCUACGGGGUCGAAUGCCAGCGGCGCGAUAACCAGCUGAAGUAUUUCACUGUGAGAACGAACGGCAACGGAGCACGAUUAGCUCAACACAACACAGCUGACGAAGGUAGUGGUGGCGGUGGCGAAAGCAGUGAAGCUAGCGCCGCCUGCGGAAAACCGCCGGAAGACAAUGAGCUGCUGUCAUCGGAACCACCAACCCAGCCCGAAUCGAAAGUUACCGAAAGUAUUGACUUGAAAACCACGCAAACGUGAUACAAAGAUAGCUAUUUUGUAUCCAAGUAUUAU